AUGAGUUCUCAAGAUGAUAUUAAUCAAAAUUGGCAGAAAAUUGAAAAUGACGUAAAAGCAAAGCUUAUAAAAUUUCUUCAAAAUAUAUCUUUUUCACAAGCUAGCAAAUUACUUCAAGAUGCUAAUAUAAAAUUCCAAUAUGGAACUGAUUUUAAUUUAUUCUUUUCUUAUACACUUUGUUCUACAUACAAUAGUAAAUAUCAAAGAGCAAAAUAUAAAGACAAAAAUAAUCUAGCAAAAAUAUUGUUACAAGAUUAUGGUUCUGAUGAUGUAACUAUGACUUCAAGUAAGAUAGAAGAACUAAAAUUAUCUAUGAUAAUUGAAAACAAACAAAAAUAUAAUGCUGCUAAAAUAUUAAUAAUUUCACCAGUUAAUUUUAAUAAUAUCAUUGAAAAAAUUCAUUUAUAUAUUCAAAAAUCUCUUGGUGAUGAAAAACUCAAUGUGUUUGAUUAUUCUCUUCAAUACAAAGCACUCAAUAGUAGAGGUACAGCAAAUACUUUGGAGAAAGAAACAGAUUUUAAUGAUUUUUUAAAUGAAUAUAAAAAAAUAAUUGGUAGUAAUAAAAAAAUGGGAAUUAGUGAAAUUCCAGAAAAUAGUUCAUCUUCAGAUUCUAAUACAGAAAAAAUUAAAGUUUUUCAUAAGAAAAAUAAAUCUAGAGCUGUUCAAAAAGAAGAUUUAACAUCAGAACAAAUGACAAGAGCACAAGUGAUAAAUGAAUUAUCAGAAAAAUAUAGAU